AUGCUCCUCAUUCACCCCGACCCCGAGCCCCUGGUCCUGCCCAUCGGCAGCGUGGUCCACUGGGACUUCACCGGCAUGAUCGGCCAUCCCUUCCACAUGCACGUCGUCCCCUUCCAGAUCCAGGCCCUGCCCCUGGACGCCCUGCAGCCGGGCAUGCGCUACAGCAACUACUUCGAGGUGGGCGAUUGGCAUGACACCCUCAAUCUGCCCCAGACCCGCAGCAAUGCGUCCAUACCGCUGCGCAUGAACCCUUAUGAGAUCUCUGGCUACUCAGUCAUGCAUUGCCACUUCCUGCAACACGAGGACAUGGGGUGCAUGAAGAUGGUCAAGUUUGAGUGCCCCGGCUCCGACGACCCCCAGCCCAUCACGUGCAAGGCGGAGCCAGCAGUGCAAGGGACCAUGCCUAUGGACGACAGAAAGAAGAUGCGGCGGAGCGGCCGGCGCCUCAGCAUGCAAUGA